AUGAUGGAUCCGCUGGAAAUAGACGACUUCGACAGGCUAGCGAUGCCUGCGAGGGCUCUCUUCCUCAUAGGACCUGACAAACGCUGCCGCAGCACAAUCCUUUACCCAGCCACCACAGGCCGCAACUUUGCAGAGGUUCUUCGGGUGAUUGACUCACUCUACCUCACGAGCUGCGUCCAGGUUGGCACGCCAGCCAACUGGCAUUCUGGUGAUGAAGUCCUGUUGGCGAUGAAUGCCCCUGAGGCAGCUUGA